CCUCCCAAAAUAGCCCCCACCCCAUCGGGCCAUCGCCAUGGCGACGAAUUUUAACGACAUCAUCAAGCAAGGCUACGUGAGGAUGAAGAGCAAGAAGCUGGGGAUCUACCGGCGGUGCUGGCUGGUUUUCCGGAAAUCCUCCAGCAAAGGGCCCCAGCGCCUGGAGAAGUACCCGGAUGAGAAGUCGGCGUGCCUGCGUGGGUGCCCCAAGGUGACUGAGAUCAGCAAUGUCAAGUGCAUCACCCGGCUGCCCAAGGAGACCAAGAGACAGGCCGUGGCCAUCGUUUUCACCGACGACUCCGCCCGGACCUUUACCUGCGAUUCGGAGCUGGAGGCGGAGGAGUGGUACAAGACGCUGUCGGUGGAGUGCCUGGGCGCCCGCCUGAACGACAUCAGCCUGGGGGAGCCCGACCUGCUGGCGCCUGGCGUGCAGUGCGAGCAGACGGACCGGUUCAACGUGUUCCUCCUCCCCUGCCCCAACCUGGACGUUUAUGGCGAGUGCAAGCUGCAGAUCACCCACGAAAACAUCUACCUCUGGGACACACACAACCCCCGGGUGAAGCUGGUCUCCUGGCCCCUCUGCUCCCUGCGCCGCUACGGGCGCGACGCCACCCGCUUCACCUUCGAGGCCGGACGGAUGUGCGACGCGGGGGAAGGUCUCUACACUUUCCAGACGCAGGAGGGCGAGCAGAUCUACCAGCGCGUGCACAGCGCCACGUUGGCCAUCGCCGAGCAGCACAAGAGGGUCCUGCUGGAGAUGGAGAAGAACGUCAGGCUGCUGAACAAGGGCACCGAGCACUUCUCCUACCCCUGCACCCCCACCACCAUGCUGCCCCGCAGCGCCUACUGGCACCACAUCACCGGCUCCCAGAACAUGGCCGAGUCCUCCAGCUACACCGGGGAGGCGUACGCGGGCGCCCAGGCCAGCUUGGACACCGACCUCCUCAACAGGUUCAUCUUGCUGAAGCCAAAGUCCUCCAAAAGCGACAAGCCUGAAAGCAGGGAGCCCACGUCGUCCCCGUGAGCCGGCGGCGGGGGGACCGUGGCGGGGGUCCCCUUUUUCUUCCCCGAGGGGUGGCAAGGACGCAGGCAACCUCCCCUCCGAGUCCCCAGGGAGACCGAGCUGGGGCAUCCUCCGUGCCAAGACCUUGGGGGAGCAGGCGCUGGCUCGCGCCCUGGCCUGACGUUAGUGGAGGUGACGGCCGGCUCAGCCUUGACUGACUUGAAAUAUAUAUUGAAUAUCUGUAUUAUAAGAGGUUUUUCCUUCUCACAUGAACGCAAACUGCGUGGCCGCCGAAGAGCCCUCGGGCAGAGAUGCUCAGAGGUUUUUGACUCUUGGGGAUCCAGCUGGGAG